AUGGAUGAUAACUACACAAGGAUCACAGAAUUCAUUUUCGUUGGCUUGAGAUACCAGCCUAAGCUGCAGGUCUUCCUGUUCUUGCUCUUUCUGCUUUUCUACCUGGUUACUAUGACAGGAAAUUUGGGUAUGAUCCUUCUCAUCCGUGUAGAUUCCCGUCUUCACACUCCCAUGUACUUUUUCCUCAGCCACCUGUCAUUUGUGGACAUCUGCUUCUCAUCAGUCGUGGCCCCAAAGAUCUUCUUUGCAGAUAGAAAAGUCAUCUCUUUCCUGGGCUGUGCCUUGCAACAAUGGUUUUUUGGAUUCUUUGUGGCCAUUGAGUGCCUUCUCUUGGCAUCCAUGGCCUAUGACCGCUACGUAGCCAUCUGUAACCCACUGUUGUAUUCAGUGGCUAUGUCCCAGAGACUCUGCAUACAGCUGGUGGUCGGACCCUACGCUGUGGGUUUCUUCAACACCAUGACUCACACAACAGCUGCUUUCAGACUUCCCUUUUGUGGCUCCAACAUUAUCAAUCAUUUCUUCUGUGACAUGUCUCCUAUCCUUUCCCUCAUAUGUGCCGACAUACGGAUCAAUAAACUCUUGGUUUUCAUUGUGGCGGGAGCUGUUCUGGUUGUCAGCAGCACCACCAUCAUCAUCUCCUACUGUCAUAUCCUCAUUGCCAUCUUGAGAAUCCGCUCUGCUGAAGGGAGGAGGAAAGCCUUCUCUACCUGCUCAUCCCACGUCACAGCAGUCUCCAUUUUGUAUGGGACUCUCUUCUUUAUCUAUGUGCGGCCAAGUGCGAUUUCUUCUCUGGACCUCAAUAAAGUGGUAUCCGUGUUCUACACAGCGGUGAUUCCCAUGCUCAACCCACUCAUCUACAGCCUGCGAAAUAAAGAAGUGAAGGCAGCCAUGGGCAGGACAGUUGCCAAGGCCAAAUUUUUCCUAAAGAAUUAA